CAGCAGGCGCAGAAGCAGAGAAUGAGGCGGCCGUGCGGGUUGCACAAGUAGCCCUGGGGGCUGUGGAAAAUGAAGCCCGAGUUGCCGCUGCGGCUAGCACUGCUGCUCGCCCUGCCCGGGAGCCUGGUGGGGAAGGAGUGUCCAUCUCCACCCUGCCAGUGCCACCAGGAGGAUGACUUCAGAGUCACCUGCAAGGAUAUCCACCUCAUCCCCAGCCUGCCGCCCGGCACAGAGACGCUGAAGCUCAUAGAGACACAUCUGAAAACCAUCCCCAGCCAUGCAUUUUCAAAUCUGCCCAAUAUUUCCAGGAUCUACUUGUCUAUAGAUACAACUCUGCAGCGGCUGGAAUCACAUUCCUUCUACAAUUUGAGUAAAGUGACUCACAUAGAAAUUCGGAAUACCAGAAGCUUAACUUACAUAGAUCCUGAUGCCCUGAAAGAACUCCCCCUCUUAAAGUUCCUUGGCAUUUUCAACACUGGACUUAGAAUAUUCCCUGGCCUUACCAAAGUUUAUUCAACUGAUGUAUUCUUCAUACUUGAAAUUACGGACAACCCUUACAUGACUUCAGUCCCUGUAAAUGCAUUUCAGGGACUGUGCAAUGAAACUUUGACACUGAAACUAUACAACAAUGGCUUUACUUCAGUCCAAGGACAUGCUUUCAAUGGAACAAAGCUGGAUGCUGUCUACCUGAACAAGAAUAAAUACCUGACAGUUAUUGACAAAGAUGCAUUUGGAGGAGUAUACAGUGGACCGACCCUACUGGAUGUGUCUUAUACCAGUAUUACUGCCUUGCCGUCCAAAGGCCUGGAGCACCUGAAGGAACUGAUAGCAAGAAACACUUGGACUCUUAAGAAACUUCCACUUUCCUUGAGUUUCCUUCACCUCAUCCGGGCUGACCUUUCUUAUCCCAGCCACUGCUGUGCUUUUAAGAAUCAGAAGAAAAUCAGAGGAAUCCUUGAGUCCUUGAUGUGUAACGAAAGCAGUAUCCGGAGCCUACAUCAGAGAAAAUCUGUGAAUGCCUUGAAUGGCCCCACCUACCAGGAAUAUGAAGAUCUGGGUGACAGCAGUGUUGGGUACAAGCAAAACUCCAAGCUCCAGGAUACCCACAGCAGCUCACAUUAUUAUGUCUUUUUUGAAAAACAAGAAGACGAAAUCGUUGGCUUUGGCGAGGAGCUCAAAUACCCCCAGGAGGAGACUCUCCAGGCCUUUGACAGUCAUUACGACUACACUGUGUGUGGGGACAAUGAAGACAUGGUGUGUACCCCCAAGGCAGAUGAGUUCAACCCUUGUGAAGACAUAAUGGGCUACAGGUUCCUAAGAGUUGUGGUGUGGUUUGUUAGCCUGCUGGCUCUCCUGGGAAAUGUCUUUGUCCUGUUUAUCCUCCUCACCAGCCACUAUAAACUGACCAUCCCACGCUUUCUCAUGUGCAAUUUGGCCUUUGCAGAUUUGUGCAUGGGGAUAUACCUGCUCCUCAUUGCCUCUGUGGAUCUCUACACUCACUCAGAGUACUAUAACCAUGCCAUUGACUGGCAGACUGGCCCUGGGUGCAACACAGCUGGUUUCUUUACUGUUUUCGCCAGCGAGUUGUCAGUGUACACACUGACAGUCAUCACACUGGAGCGCUGGUAUGCCAUCACCUUCGCCAUGCGCCUGGACCGGAAGCUCCGUCUCAGGCACGCGUAUGCCAUCAUGAUUGGUGGGUGGGUUUGCUGCUUCCUCCUUGCCCUGCUCCCUUUGGUGGGAAUAAGUAGCUAUGCCAAGGUCAGCAUCUGCCUGCCUAUGGACACGGAGACCCCUCUUGCCCUGGCAUACAUCAUCCUUAUUUUGAUGCUCAACAUUGUUGCCUUCAUCAUUGUUUGCUCCUGUUAUGUGAAGAUCUACAUCACAGUCAGAAAUCCCCAGUAUAACCCUGGGGACAAAGACACCAAGAUUGCCAAGAGGAUGGCAGUGUUGAUCUUCACUGACUUCAUGUGUAUGGCUCCCAUCUCAUUCUAUGCUCUGUCAGCGCUUAUGAACAAGCCUCUCAUCACAGUCACCAACUCUAAAAUUUUGCUGGUUCUCUUCUACCCACUUAACUCCUGUGCCAAUCCAUUUCUCUAUGCUGUUUUCACCAAGACCUUCCAAAGGGAUGUGUUCAUCCUACUCAGCAAGUUUGGCAUCUGUAAACAUCAGGCUCAGAUUUACAAGGGCCAAAGAGUUUGUUCAAAGAACAGUAUUGGUAUUCAGAUCCAAAAGGUCACCCAGGGCAGAAAGCAGAGUCUCCCCAACAUGCAAGAUGCCUAUGAACUGCUUGAAAACUCCCACCUGACUCCAAAUAAGCAGAGUCAAAUAUCAGAAGGGUGUAAGCAAACAGUUUUGUAAAUUUAGCCCAUGCUACUCACAAUGGUAGGGGAACUUACAAGGGGCUGAUUUUAUUGACCAUACAUUCCAAUCCCAUGACACAUAAACACACAGCUGACCUAAUUCUUUGGGACCAGAGUUCAUCUCUAGAGAGUAACUAGCAGUAAACUAAUCACUGCCUCCUAGAAGGAAGAAAAACUACCAGCACAUCUGAAUCCCUAGUGAUGUCAAAAUAAUCUGUCCUUUCCGCAGGACUUGCUUGAUGCUAAAUCCAGAGAUGACUCAGUGUGACAUUGUUCAGCAAGCAUUAACUGGACCAUGUUAACAUUGAUUUUCUCACUUUUUUGGGGGGUGGGGGUUGAGGCAGGGUCUCACUAUGUAGCCCAAGCUGGCCUU